AUGAAGUUCACUCUCGCCUUUGCUGCCUUUGCCGCCGCCGUCUACGGUCAAACCAUCGAUGAUAUUCCCGCAUGUGCUCAACCUUGCAUUCAGAACGCAAUUGCAAGUGCUACUACUUGUGCUGCUGCCGACUAUGCAUGCGCUUGCUCAGACGCAAACUUCGCCAAUGUGGAGAGCGCCUCCAUUAACUGCGUUGUUGCCGCCUGUGGUGCUGAUGAGGCCAUCAAUGUGGUUCUGCCUGCUGUUCAAGCAUUUUGCGCCACUCAGUGA